AUGACGAUCUGUACGUAUGACGCCCGGACGCUUGCAUCGGAUGCGGCUACUGAAGAUCUGAUGAUGCAACCCAAGAAGACUAAGUACCUUGUUCCUCGAACAUGCGACACUAGAGGUGUUGGUGGAGUUGGCGUCCUCGUCACGAGUAUGGCAAAGAACAUCGACUGUUUCGAGGAACUUACGACCCGAAUAGGACGUCUGCGGAUGAGAAGAUUUGGUACAUUGUCAGCUUUGACUAUCUUCGUCGCUUACGCUAAAACAUCAAGCUACGAAGGAGAAGAUAAGCUUCCUAUAUCGACCUGGAGAAGUUCUGCCGAGAAGAUCAUACCUUCUACAAGGUCAUAA